GCCCACGGGCCACGGGUAACGGCCCACGGGCCCCUCUAACGCGCGCUUGGCUCGCACGUGCUGCUGCCCCAACCCCCAAGCCCGCUGCCGCCGCCACCAACCUUUCCAUCUCUCGCUAUCUGUUUCCUCUCGCCAGCUUUGCGGGAAAAGACUCCAGAAACAAACCCCGCCGCCCCUCCGCUUCUCUCCCGAGUCCCGACUCCCGAGUCCCGUCUUCUGCCCCGUUCGCUCCCCCUCAUCGCAAAAACCCUAACCCCUCGACCUCUCAAGAUGGCGUCGCCGCCGCCGCCUCCCGCCGCAGCCGCAGCCCCAGCCGCCGCGGCGUCCGGACCGCCGCCGCCGGCGCAAGUGGUGGGCAACGCCUUCGUGCAUCAGUACUACAACAUCCUUCACCAGUCGCCGGAGCUCGUCUACCGCUUCUACCAGGAGUCCAGCCGCCUCGGGCGUCCCUCCGGCACCGGCGACGACGGCAUGGAGACGGUCACCUCCAUGGACGUAAGUUCCUCGCCCACGCCGCCUCUGCUACUCUCCCGCGGCCCAGAUCUGGGCGCCCCCGGGCCUAAUUCUCACCUCAAUGGAGGGGAUUUUGGGGUGGCGUGUGCCUCUGAUUGUGUGUAUGUGCGCGUGCGUCUGGUUCUGCAGGCGAUUAACGACAAGAUCGUGUCCAUGGGCAUCGACCGGGCGGAGAUCAAGGCGGUGGACGCGCAGGAAUCACUCUGUGGCGGCGUCACAGUGCUCGUCAUGGGCCACCUUACGGGGAGGAACAGCGUCAGCCGCGAGUUCGUGCAGUCCUUCUUCCUUGCGCCGCAGGAGAAGGGCUAUUUUGUUCUUAACGACAUAUUGCGCUACGUUGGAGAGGAGGGAGGGGACGAGGGGGGCGAGCAGCAGCCGGCAACGGAGGUCGCUGCUGAUGUGGUCGCUGCUGAUGUGGAGGCCGCCACCCCUGCUUCUAUCCUGGCCAACGGCACUGUCGGAGGGGAUACAGUGACUGUGCCUCAGGAUGCUUCGCCGCAGCCCGAGUGCCAGGUGGCAGAGCCUGCACUUAAUCCGAAGGAGGAAGUUUUGAACAGGGAGGUGGUUUGUAACCCACCAAAUGACGUGAAUCCUAUUGUUGAGGAAACACCGGUUCCUGAGGUCAUAAAUGAAGUGCCGAAUAAUGUAGGAGUGGCUCCACCAAUUUCAUCUCCCUCCGCACCACCGGAGGAGGCACCAAAGAAGUCAUAUGCUUCAAUUGUAAAAGUUAUGAAAGAAUAUCGACCACCAGCACCUGCAGUUCCUUCCAGGCCUGCACCCCCGAAAACAGAGAAGCAAUCCUCUCCUGCCCCCGCUCUGGUCGCUGAUGCUCCAGCUUUCACCCCUAAUCCCCAGAGCGGCAGCUUUCAAGAUCCAGAAGUUGAUGCACAUGCCAUAUAUGUGCGAAGUCUGCCAUUAAAUGCCACACCACAACAACUAGAGGAAGAGUUCAAGAGAUUUGGCGCCAUUAAACAUGAUGGCAUCCAAGUUAGAAGCAAUAAGAUCCAAGGGUUUUGUUAUGGCUUUGUAGAAUUUGAGGAUGCCAGUGCAGUUCAAACUGCAAUAGAGGCUUCUCCUGUUACUAUUGGUGAACGACAAUGUUAUGUUGAAGAGAAAAGAACUACCGGUGGUUCUCGUGGUGGUAGCAGGGGAGGAAGGUUUCCACCAGUUAGAGGUGGUAACUUCCGAGGUGAAGGUAUUAGAGGCCGUGGUACAUAUAAUGGAGGCAGAGGGUACGGAAGGGGCGAGUUCAAUUAUCGAUCUGAUUAUGGAGGCCGAGGUGGCGGCAGGGGUGGCUCAUCGCGUGGUGAUGUCGGCUACCAGCGGGUCGACCACUCUAGUGCAGCCAGCGGUCGUGGUGCCCGGGCACCAUCAGCCGCCACUGCUGUCGCAAAGUGAGUUCUUGGUAGGGUAUGGAUUGUGUUUUAUGGCCACCAUCAUUGUUGACCAAAAGAGUGGUGGGUGUGGUGGAUUCGAGUUCAUGUGAGGACCAUCAACAAAAGACGGGUCAUAAAUUUAUGCUUCCUUGUUUUGUGGCUAGGCAAAGCAGUGGUGAUAUCGGUUACUAACUGUAGAAUAUACGUCUGUUGAGAUGUCCUAGUAUGACUGGCUUCGGCGGGCAGCUGAUUUGUGUUUUGCCUUUUGUUACUUAUUGCCAAAUUUAUAGAGGUUGAUUUGAGGUGCCAACAAUUUAUAGUAUUCUCUGCGCUGCUAAUAUGAGUAAGGCCAUGUCUGUUUC